AUGGCAUCUGCCGGUAUGAAAAAGCUUUCCUGCCUGGCCGUAACAAAAUACAACAGUCUCGUAAACCUCUAUUGGUCUAAGUGUCCAACCCUGACUAACGCUAGUGUCAGCUCAGUUACCUUUUCCCGUAACUCGUUAAAGUUUAUUUGCAAGAGGCACUUCACUUAUGACAAGAAUGACGUAACGCUAGAUUGGGAGGAUGCAGACGACAUAGCGGACUUACUUUUGGAAGAAUACAAAAAUGUAGACCCAUUAACGUUGCGAUUUGAGGAGUUAGAAAACAUGAUAAUGGAAACCGUUGUGAAGAAAAACAAAAAGAAGUUAAGCGGCAGGUGUAAUGAAGGCGCUCUGGAAAAUAUUCAAAUGAACUGGCUGGAAAAAUAUAAUGAGGAGGAUAAUUAA